CUUAUAAGUAAACCCAAGAAUUGGCAAGUGCAUAACUUGAUAUCUCACUGGGCUCGUUGCAUACGACCACUUGUCACAACAGCAACGUCCGAGUCAUGGGGGAAAAUAUACUUGAAGAGCGAGUCCACUCCCAUAACUGACAUAUAUCAUCUCACGGACAAUUUCCGCAGUAAUCAUACUAUUCGCGACUUCACGUCUCAAAUCAAGCUCAAAUCCGAUCCAGUGGCGUGUAGUUCCUUGUGCAAAGUUUAUCGGCAUACCAUCAGCGAAGACAAAGGCAAAACAGUGGAGGUUGCAGUGAAGGUGUUCGUGGUGGAUCCUAAGAGAUCUGAGGGGAAAGACGAUAGCGCCAUGCGUCGGGAACUCGCCGUGUGGCUUAAGCUCAGUAGGUCGACUUAUAUCGUGCCGCUACUUGGCAUCGCAAAAGUCGAUUCUCCGUUGUCGGCUCUCGUUUCUGAAUGGAUGUCUUCCGGGGCAUUGAAUGAAUACAUCGAGAAACGAGCCACAACCCUUGCUGUUUCCGCUAGAGUUGAAUUGGCCAAGGGCGUCGCUGAUGGCAUCAACUAUCUUUUCUCGGAGAAUGUCGUUCACGGAAACCUUCACCCCGGAAAUGUGCUGAUCGAUGGCUCAGGGCAUCCACGUCUCACAGAUUUCGGUCUCGCCACAGUUGUAGGGGACCUUCAGUUGCAAUUGAGCACGACAACUGUGACACGUGAAUUGAAUCCUCGAUGGCGUGCGCCUGAAGUCCUUGGAAUAGAGCAAGACCUCGCACGACCGACUUUCAUGAGCGAUAUAUAUUCCCUUGGUAGCGUCAUUUUCUUUAUCAUCUCGGGGGAUAUACCAUGGAAAGAGAAGAAAAACUUGCGUCACAUCUACAUUGAGCUGGGGAAGAAGGCCACUCCCACACGUCCCGGAAAUAUCCCUAAUGGUCCGUGGAGCUUAAUCCAAAAAUGCUGGUCUUGGAACCCAAAGGAUCGUCCGAGUGCCGAAAAAGUCCUUGAAUACAUCGAUCAGUUUGGGAUUGACGACUUGCAGGCCAUGCAUCCAACCCAGCGCGAGCAGGACAUACCGAAUCCUGAGACAUCGGAUUUGUCGAGUUCCAAUGAGAUCCAACAGUGUUUGCCAGCCGAUGCGUCUGCUAGACCAUCUGCCUCAAUGGUCUCGGACUUUGUAGAGGCUUCGACAGACGGUGACACGGCCGCUCGCAGAGUAGAGGGGAGUCAUCAACGGGCAUCCUCGGACAUGUCUGAUGCAGAGAAAACCGCGUCCGAUGGUGUCACGCAUCCAACCCAGCGUGAGGAAGACAUACCGAGUCCUGCGACACUGGAUUUGUUGAGUUCCAAUACCGAAAACCCCCAACCCUCCUUCGGAGUAUCGACGUCGCCUCCUUUGGGCCCUUUGAACGUAUUGCUGUUUGGGGAGACCGGAGUUGACAAAAUGUCCAUCAUUAAAUUGAUCAUCGGGCAAACCGUUGCAGACACAUCGCCGGAUGCACCUCAUUCCAUGCUGAAACAUACCACCCACGAAGUUAACCUUAGAGGACGCCGCUUCAGACUUUGGGAAGUUUCCUCCAUUGCGCCGAUGGGUUUCUUCCGGAGACUUGUUGCAAAAUGGCAACUAAAAUCAUCGUAUAGGAAGCUGCACAGGGACGGUGGGGUGCAUCUUCUGCUGUAUUGCAUGGGGGGACCAAGUGUUCAGCGAGCAUCUAGGGAUUAUAAAUAUUUCACCGACAUUGUCAGUUCCACUAGCGGCGUACCAAUUGCUGCGGUGGUCAACGGUCUGGAGGGCUAUCCGACAGACAUGGAUGACUGGUGGACGAACAACAAGGGAGAACUUGAACGCCUUGGGAUGCAGUUCUCCAAUCACGCAUGUAUUACUUCACUCCCCGAUGAUCCAAGUGCGUCGCGAUCUCGGGAGACCAUCCGCAGCCUUAUCGAAUCCUAUACAUCGUAGUUUUUUUCCCAUCCAAUUCAUGUCCAUUGAGGUAUUCUAUGUCGGACAAUUCUGUAGUCUAGAGGCACCUGUGCCCUGUAUCAUAUCUCUAAGUUCGUACUUUAUAGUUUCUUGUAGACGUACCAUAGAACACAUCUACUCGUGCCUUUAUCACAAGGGGUCGGUGUUGCCGAUUGAAGUAAAGUAAUCC